GAAAUAACUUGAUUACUGUGCCCUUUCAAAUUUAGGGCCGCUGGUCCCUGCUACUGGUGCUGGUGGUGGUGGCUACGAGGUCCACAGGCAACAGUUUUCUUUUAAAAUAAUAUUGGCCUUGUAGUCUUGUAUUACUAUAAUAUAAAUAUUCCUACUUAUACUCGUAUAGGUACUGUAUAAUAUGCUGUAUUUCAAUACAAUAUCACGUCAUAAGCUCAGGGCAGCGUACCUAAGUACAGCGUUAAAGGAAGGCUUAGCUCUAAGCUAACACGUUUAUCUCACUGAUUAUGUCUUCGGAUGCAGCCACAGCAAUGCGAUUUAGAGCACCCAAACAAUAGAAAAACUCUUGAAAUGUUGUUGCCGGUCAUCGGUGCCUUCGCCAUCACUAUCACACAGCCAAACUCUGAUUUAUCAGCAUUUGUUUUUAUCAUCGAUUUUUGGGGAAAAUACAAUACAAUGAGUAGGAAAUUAUUUUCUUCAGCAUAAUUAAUAUAGGUACUUAUUUGAUCUACACAAUUCAUCUCUUAAUAAAAUUAAGCUUAUAAAUAAAGAACCUUUAUCUUACAGUUUCAAAAUAUCGGUUAGACUUCGUUUAUUCCCAAUAAAGAAUUAGCUUAACAACGCAGUGGCCAAACUUCCUUUAAAUAGAGCAAUGCCUUCGAUCAAUUAAAAUCACCCAGUUGGUACGUUUUAUCAAUUUAGUUAAAAGGAUAAAUGGAUAAUUGACCCCUAUCCGAUGAACUGGUAGUUCUAUCAAAUUAAGCGGAUUAAACAGUUCCACGUUCCACAUUUUGGUCAAUAAUCGUUAGUAUCUCAUAUAGUAUAUCGUUGUUUAUUCUUCUAUAUACUCUAAAAUAAUAGUAGCAGCGUUACUUAUAAACGUUUGUCGAAUCUAACAACUUAAUAAGCUUAGUGUAUCUAUGCGUCAUUUAAACGUUUUAAUUAUUUAGAUUUAUUCUGUAUAUUAUUUUGCUAUUCUAAAUAAGUUCAUUGAUUAUUGUCCAUUUUAAUUUUGUUUGGUAGGUAUUUUCAUUAAUUAAUUAAUUAGGUAAUAAAAUACCUUAAUAUAACUGUAUUCAGUAAUUCAUCUUAUGUUGCCGUGAGCUUUGUAUUUGUUUAUAACUGUAUAUUAUAAUCUAUAUGUGGCAUGGAAUGGAAUACAAAAUAGGAAUACUUAACGCACUAAUGUUAUAAUUUUAAUGACCUAUUUAUAGGUAUAAUAGUGGUGUGUGUUCCAACUCUACAUUUAGCUAGCGGCCUUCGCAAGGGGAGUUAGUCGAAAUGUGUGGGUUCCGUGGCGAGCCCCCUGAUGCUCACUAUCUAGGGCCGACCACACUUAUAGAGCUGAUGAACGUCACUCAGCAGACAUAUGAAACCUACCAUACCUACACUAAAACUUUGCGAGCGGUGACAGACUGUUUGGUGCAACCGACCCAUAGUCUGACUUGACUUGGGGAGGGCGCAAUGUACUAACUACCUUUUUACAUUCUUUCGAAAAGGUUUAAUUACAAUCUUCUUGGCCCUAAGUACCUACCUACAGAAGAACACGUUAAAAGUUAGUUUCACUGCUAUUUUUCUCCUAGAACGAAAAUGGCCGGUGUCUUCACAAAUAGCCUUCUGCAGUAGGUAUAGUAACUAACAAGGAGACUAGCUACUUAAAUGAAUUGAAUGUACUGCUAGAUGCAAAAGGUAUUUAAAAUCGUUUUAUGACAACAUUUUUCACCGAUACGCGCGCUAGGACGCCAUAAAAGCCUCUCGAUUAUGCGGCCGCGCCGCCUAUGGUAGCUUGCUUGGGGUUUAAUUAUCUAGGCGCGCUUUGGGACUCGGAUCUACGAAGAACUACGUAACUUUAUAUAAAACAAGAAAACGGUUGCGGUUUUAGAUUGUUACCUACUUAAUACAGUUAGCAUUAUACCUGUACAGAGGUAGAUAGUGAAGACCAAAUUAGUCAAGUAUAUCAAAACGGUUCACUGUUGUCUUGUAGAAACUUUUUUGACAUAUAUUUGUUUCGCAUAAUGAUACUUGGCAGAAUUAACGUUUGGCAGAAACACCUUACGCAGAGUAUGCUUUGGCAUAAAUCAAUUCGCAGAUAUUUAUAAUAUCGAAUCUUAUAUUGCCAUAAUGUUUAUGAGCAUAACCGUCUUCUAAACGAAUAGUACUUUCGCAGAUACUUUUUUUGCAUAAUAUUUAGGCGGCAUAAAGUUGUCAUGCCGCCUAAAUUGGUUUAUUGAAGGCGCUAGGUGCUAAUUUGAAAUUAAAAUAAAAAGAUUACAAUUGUUAUUCUUUAUUUAUCAUAAAUCCAUUAUUAUUAUUCUUGUUUUAUUUAUAAUUCUUCCUAUUUCUUUUUGAUAGCGAGUCGGGUGUGUUGGGAAAAGAUACCUAACACUCCUCCUCGCUUCGCUCGUCGUCGUACCUAACGGCGACUCUGGGACUGUAUUUAUUUUUUGAUAGCGAGUCGGGUGUGUUGAGGGCGCAAGAUACCUAACACUCCUCCUCGCUUCGCUCGUCGUCGUACCUAAUGGUGACUCUGGGGCUGUAUUUCUUUUUUGAUAGCGAGUCGGGUGUGUUGGGGACGCAAUAUACCUAACACUCCUCCUCGCUACGCUCGUCGUCGUACCUAACGGUGACUCUGGGACUCUAUUUCCUUUUUGAUAGCGAGUCGGGUGUGUUGGGGACGCAAGAUACCUAACAAUCCUAUUAUGCCUACUUAGCAGAAAAUAAUUAUGCAAUUGUAAUAGUAUGCUAUAGGAUUAUUAUGGUACCUAAAAUGAUGCUAAACCAAAGUCGGCCAAAGUAAUGUUCUACGAAACAAUGUGCUGCAAAAUGUGUCGUAUGCGUGGUAUUAAUAAUGCCAACUAUACCUUUAUGCAAAAUUACCAUUCGACCGAAAGUGUUUCUGCGAAACAUGUUAUGCCAAGUGUGUUUCUGACCAAUAUUGUUCUGCCACAUGAGGGUAACCCUAUCAAAACAACCUUAAUAUCACAGGAAUAAUAUUAUGAUCCGAUAUAUUUAGCUACUGUGGCGGUCACUAUCUAUUCAUCUGUAACAGAGUCACCCGCUAGUCGAGGGGUGCUUAAAAUAUCUCAAUAUGCAUUUUAUUUUAAUGUCUCGAUAACAGAGGUUUUGUUCAGAUAUUUGUCAAGACAGUACAAUAUUAAUUAUUUUAUAUAAUUAUUUUUAGUUUUCUGUUUUUUUUCCUGUAGGUACUUUUAGUGUAAUACAAUAUGACUUGCCAAAUUUCAUAGUACCAGGUCAAAGAGUACCCUAUACAUUUUGAUUCCCUUGAGAAUGUCGAAAUAUACGUUUGCGGCUUGCUCUUUUAACAUUAACUUUUUUUACAACUUCAAGGGACUGUAGACCUAAGUAUAUUUAUGGUUUUAAUUUCAACUAGAUACCUCCACGCGUUCCCGAGAUAAAGGGUCUUGACAAACAGACAGACAGACAGACGCACAGACGGACGGACAGCAAAGUGAUCCUUUAAACAGUUCCGUUUUUUCCUUUUGAGGUACGGUACUAUAAAAGUACCUACAUUGCUGUAAGCCACGUUCAUAUACUUUCGGAAUAUUUCUUUUGUCUAAUCUGACCCUCCUGUCCCAGUUACCCAAGUUGACGGUACCCUUGUAAGAUCUAAGUUUUAAAAACGCAGACUGUAGAUUUCAGUAUGUUUUUAUAUUUUUUGAUCAAUAGUUAAAUUGCUCCAGCAGUAAAUCAUGACAAGUUUGAAGCAUGUGUUUCUAAUUGAGCUUGCUCAAUAAUUGAAAAUGAAAACAGUUUCCCCGAUGCUACAGGCAUAUGAAAUUUAAUAUCAUAGUAAACGUCAAGUCCGCAGAUUUUUAGGUUCAUGUAUGUAGGUUGGUGUGCCGUGCGCACAUCUUGCGUCUUGGAUCUACAUGUCCGCCUUUCGGCCUACGGUUCAUACUGCGAUGAAAACAUUGCGUCACCCUGCGCACCAAUACGAUCGCUUUGAACCAAACUCCGCGUCAUUUCUUGAUAUCAUGAGCAGAUGACACAAGAACCAGAGAAUCUUAAAUUAACAAAGAGACCUACUAGAUUAAAACCACAUCAGACCCACUAGAUUUAAUAAAAUUAGAAUUGUAUACACUAUGGCAUUCGAGUAUCGGUUAACAUACGUGUAUUGAUUAAUUUAUUAUUAUUGCAAGGACCCUUUUAAUCAAAACAUGAAUGAAAAAGACGAGAGCUAUAAUGACAGUGGCUCAAAUAGCAAUAGUCUGGAUAUAUACAAAUACAGAAAACGAAAAGACCGAAAUGAACUUUUCAAAGAACCAGAUGGAGAUACAUACGAUGUUCAAAAUGAAACCAUUGAAGACGGUACGGCGGAAAAGCCGAAGGUCUACGCAAUACUGCAAGAGAAUCGAACAGAAUUUACCAACUGCAACUUAAGAUAUGUCAUGUUGAUAUACACCAAUAACAUCUGGAAUUUUGUGAUGCUUUCCGUAGUGAUCACCACUUACAUCUUAGAAACCUGGCUCUACACCUUCUGUGUGACAAAGGAUAGAACCAUCGGCAUCAUAGCGCUUAUAAUUUGUUUAAAUUUAAUAUUUACAUUUGAUGUCGUCAUUAUUUUUUGUUUGAAAUUCAUAAAGAGAUGGAGACGAACACUGAACCUAGUUGAGCCUGAAACUUUUCGAGUAAUUUUAGAUGUCAUACUUGCUAUGCCUUACGGAAUAUUCUAUUUUUUUGACUUACACGUUGUUGAGUUCGAUUUAAGUUUUGUUGCGCCUUUGGUAGCUGGCAUACGUGUCUAUAGAGUUAUAAUGUACUUUUAUAACAAGUCUUCACAAGCUGGACGCAAUCAAUGGACAACAUUUUUAUUUCAAUAUCUAAUCCUCUUUUUACUGGGCGUUCAUACAUUAACUUGCAUAUGGUUCCAAUUUGCUUAUAGAGGGUUCGAAUUAAAGAACCUUCGUUCUUCGUGGUCUGCUGGAGCCAUACAUUUACCAACUGCGUCUGUGACUGAUUGGUACUGUGUCUGUGCGUACUGGUCUAUCAUGAUGUUGACUACAAAUUCACUGGGCGACCUGUAUCCCAUAACGACGGCCGAGAGAAUAACUGCAAUUGUGGCUAUUGUGAUAGGCUUUUUAUUAACUACAAUUGUUUUUGUGGGUUCCCUUACUUCUCAAUUUCUGACAAUUACUACAAGACGUUCUAAAUACGUUCGGCAACUAAAGAAGAUCCAAAAUCACUUAAAAUUGAUACGUAUGAAUGAUGAUACCACAAGACGAAUAAUAAGAUAUUACGAAGACUUGUGGUACCAAAAAUCAGGUGUUUUCAAACCAAAACUCAUGAACCUAUUACCCUACCCUUUGCGAAUGGAAAUCUGCUAUGACUUGAACGCAGUGCCAUUGUACAGUUCCUUAAUAUUUAGAAAGUUACCAGAGCCAUUUCUUAGAAGAUUAUCUUUGGCUAUGUCUCACCAAUUUUAUUUGCCCGGGGAUAUAGUAUACAACCAAAAUCAAACAAAGACGCUUAUGAUUUGCAUCACCAAUGGAGUUUUAGAACUUUUGUCUGACGAAGAUGAUGAAAGUCCAAUGAUAUCCUUUACGAAAGGCACAUGCUUGGGCGAAGUAUCAUUGGUUUACAACAUACCAGCUAAAUGUACAGUCAAAGCCGCUACUUAUGUUGAAUGUCAAGUUCUUCACAAAAAAGACUUCAUAAAACUGAUGAUUACUUACCCGGAUUUAGAAGACAAAAUUCGAUUACAAAUUGAAGACAGAAUUAAGCGUUGCCAGCGCAGGAAGCAAACAAGAAACAAUGAAAAAAAAUUGACACUCAAUAUUUACAUUUCUAAAAAUAUCAAGAAAAGCAGCAUCAAAUGUUUGAAGGACAAAUUGAGAUCUAUCCAAGGUAGAAUGGUUAAAACCGACAACGUUGACGAAAACUUAGACCUCAAUUGUUUGGAUCUUUACAUUUUAUCUGAGCAUGUAAAGAAGAAGACCACAAUGUUUACCUGUAUGAGCGGUAAAUUUCCGUGGAUACUGGAAGCUGAUUGUCAUCUCGUUAGAUUUUGGGAGCUCUAUAUACUUUCUUUGGUAUCAUACAUCUGUAUCGUAUAUCCAUAUUACAUCGGAUUUAUGAGAACUUUCCCUGGAGGAAUCCUGUAUUACUUCGAAAUUGUGAUAAGCAUAUCUCUGCUAUUUAACAUCGUCAUAACAUGCGCUACUGCAGUUAAGACUAAAAAGAAAUAUAUAAGGAAGAUUCGUGGUAUAGUCUCAUACCGAUUAAAUACGCUGGGUUUUUAUCUAGAUUUGCUAGCAAACAUCCCAUUGGAAUAUAUUCUUUGGAUACACACAUAUACAAUGCAUCGAAGCGACCACAGAAACCAUUUGUAUUAUAUGAGUAAAGGAAUAAAGUUAUGCCUUGUUUGGAGAAUUUCAAGUUUUUUUGAAAAUUUGGAGAAAAAGUUGUUACUAAAUACUAUUGUUAUUAAAGUUGUGAAAUAUUGUGUGUAUAUUUGUUUGCUAUGCUACUGGUGUGGUGUUAUUUUAUAUAUGGAGUCAUGUUUUGUGCCAAGAUGUUCAGAAGGUUCAUGGUACAGCAUAAUAUUAAAUUGGGAAAAUUUGGUACCAGAAGUUACUAUAAGCAGAAAAGAGUUUCCGUUAGUAACAUCUAUUUAUUUUGCGACCACCAUGAUACUUGCGGUUGGCUACGGAGACUUAGCUCCCGGAGACAUGUACGACAUGAGCUUCGUAGCAUUUUUCAGUCUUUAUGGUGUAUUACUAAUCGGAUACUGUGUUGCGGAAUUUUCAGCCGUCGUUACACAUUCGUCCAGGACAAAAACUGCAUUUUUAGAAGUAAUACUAACAAUCGACAAAUUUAUGGAAGAAAACAAAAUGCAUCGAUCUAUCAAAGAAAGAAUAAUGGCAUUCUAUGAACUGCAAUGGCACUACAACUUGGGAGUGGAACUAACGAGCGACAAUUGGCUAGAAAAGACCGUAGUCCCUACGGAGCUACGGAAGAAAGUGCUGCAUCAAGCGCGAUUUAAAACACUUACGUCCAUAAAAUUCUUUCAAGUGAAGAAUAAGGAAUUUAUUCAUACUUUGACUGAAUCGGCAAGAGAUAUAAUUCUUCCUCCUGGGGAGAUAGUUUACUACGGUGGUACUGUUUCAAGGGAGCUUUACGUUAUAGAAAGUGGGUACUGCCUAUUAACUUCCAAAGAACUCAGAGAAACAAAGAAAGAACGGGUUAUAGGACCUGGUAAUCAUCUAGGCCUCUUAGUUUUGCUCUACGGUGUGCCUGCUGUGAGCUCGGUGGUAACUCUGACACAUUGUAAGUUAAUAAGCAUUGGACAUUCAGCGUAUACUUCAGCCCUAAGCCUUUUUCCCGCUAUGAGAGAACAUGACGACCUGCUGACACCUAAUGAACUGCAGUAUAUAGAAGAACUAGCUGCAUCUCAAUCUACUGAUGACUAUUUAAAACAUCAUAUGCAUAAUACAGAUAAAAAAAUCAAGAUUACCAGCAUGUUUCAGAAGUUUUUUGACGAGUCUUUUAUAAAUGUUUACAAACAGUAUACGAAUAAGAAACAGAGUUACUUGAAGUCAUACAAACAAUUUAAUACUCUGGAAUAUAUUGCUCCAUAUUUAUUAAUUCCUAUAGUUAUCAAACCUGACGGUAUUUUCCUCAAAACUUGGGCCUUGCUACGUGUGGCAGCAGCAUUUUUAUUAUGUUUAAUGAUACCUAUCACGGUUUCAAUGGCUCCAAUGUUCAGAAUGUUUAACUUUCCAAUAUUAGUGUUGGAAAUUUUUUGCUACAUAGAUCUAUACUUGAUGUUCCAUGUCGCUUACUACGGCUCCAAAAACCAACUGAUUAUCCAUCCGUAUUUGACUGCUAAAAACUAUUUAAAGAGGGCAUUUAUUAUAGAUUUUCUAACAUGCUGGCCGUGGUAUGCAAUCUGGGAAGGAUUUAUGCCCAAACACAAUGAAGGUCAUACCGCCAGUGAACAUUACAGAAGCCCUCACAUGUAUCACUGCUUACUAAGAAUGGUGAACGUAUUGCAAAUUUAUAAAUUGUACGCUGUUUUCUGGACUGAAUCAAUAGGAGCUUUGAAACGGGCUUACGUCAUGAGUGUAGUACAAUUCAUUCUUUUAAUGUUGUUCUUUCUGAACUUGUACACCUCGUUAAUAAUAAUGAUGUCCUGUCGUUUUGUCAUAGCUUCGAAUGCUCAUGACUUUGCAGUUAUAUUAAAAAAUCUUACGUUGAAAGGGCCACUCUUAGAUACCGUAUUCUACCCGGCAGGAAACAUGAUAUGUAAAAAAGGCUCGUGGAUAGAUAAUGCAAGAGAUAUUGUUAUCUCAGAUCACAUAUCGCCCAAAACAGCAAUUUUACUGGGCUAUUAUUGGACUGCUUCGACUUUCAGUGGGGCCGGUUUCGGAGACAUCACGCCCCAGGAUACUACCAACAUGAUCAUGUCCAUAUGCAUAUCAAUACACGGUGUUUUGUUCUUUGGAUACGUUUAUGCAAGGAUUGCGUCACUAAAAGCCAUGGCGGAUCAGAUGGUAACCAAAUUUCAAGAAAACCUAAAACAAUUAGAUUUUUUCUUAACCAGAGAAAAAGUACCUACGGUAUUAAAACAAAAUGUGAUGGAACACUGGAAAUAUCAAUGGAAGCGAACUGGCGGUUGGUCGCACCAGACCAUCCUGGGGAAGCUGCAUGCCAACCUGAAUGAAGACGCAGUAUUAUACAUGUAUGAAAAGACAUUGCAAGAGAUACCUCUCUUUGAAGGUGUUGAAUAUUCAUUUUUUAGGGCGUUUGCGAAGAAAUUGAGUGAGCUGUAUUUUCAGAAGAGAUAUAUGGUUAUACGGGCUAACGAAGUGAUUAGCCACAUGUACAUAAUUUAUAGAGGAAAGGUGGACAUUAUAUCAGAAUACAACGAAGUUGAAGCCUGUAUGGGACCUGGUGGGAUCUUCGGCAAUAUACGAGGGGCAUCUAUGUAUCUAACUAUGUCGAAUGUUGUAGCCUCAAGAAAUAUAGAUUUGCUACGCAUUGAUGGCGUAGAGUUCUAUGCCCUUUUAAAGAGUUACCCAUCAGUGUUGCAAAAAGUAAAGAAUUCAGUUGACAACGCGCCGAAAGAUUACGUUCUGCCUUCAAUGGUGACAAUAAAAUCCAGCCUACAUGUUCACAGGCCCAGUACAAUGCCAGAUAGUUCGGAUGAAGAGGACAAUGACGAUCUAGACGUGUAUAUGGAAAGCCCGCAGAGAAGCAUAGCCGAAUCGCAUGGUUCACGAUCUAUCACUUCGGCGGGGAAUAUAGAAUAUGUAUCAGCUAUACUAUUACUGUUUAAACCCCACAGAUGGUUUCGAAGUAGCGUGAUACCGGACUGCAAAUGGAUACAAUUUAUGGAGUACUUCAUCAGUUUCUUGGCUUACGUAGAUUUCAUGACUCUAGUUUAUCAAUUGGCAUUCCAAUCAGUGCCAUAUUUUUUCCAUAUAUGUAUUAUGACAGACAUGAUUUUUUUAUACAAACUGUUCUUGGACAUACAUACCGGUUACAUGAACCGGUAUGGGGAAUAUGUAUUAAACCCAAAGAGAGUAAGACAACUGUUCUUCUCAAGAAAAUUUCAAAGAAGGCGUGAUUUUUUGGCUAACUUGCCUAUAUCAUACGUUGUUUAUGCGCUAAAGUAUUUGAAUCCGGGAAUAAAAAUGGUUUUCUUCAGCUAUCUGCGAACGCCACAGCUCUCGAGGAUUUCAUAUUUAUUUACCAACAGAACUCACCGGAAAGUAAACAUAGGCUCGGCAAAUCUCUUCAUUAAACUAGCAACGAUUGGUAUUUGGGCAUCGAUUCUUUCCCAUAUAAACGCAUGUUUGUUCUUCAAGUUGUCAUGCCUGACUCCUCUACAAUGUACAUCGUCUAACUGGAUGGCUAAGCCAGAACUCAAUUUACGACCAAAAUACUAUCAGAAGGACUAUUUCUCGUUAUACAUAGCAUCAUUGUGGUACAUGAUUAACUUGCUGACUAUCGCUGGCACCGGGGAUGUAUCGUCUAGAAACGCGUUUGAAAUGGUGGAAACAAUCGUUAUUAUCGUUAUAAUUAAGUUCUGUACAGGCCUCCUAAUAUCAGAAAUGUCAGCUAUGAUAUCAGCUCAUUCUUCAUCUCGAAUCGACUACGAUUACGGCAUAAACGAGCUUCGAGACGGUUUGCGCGACAUGGACCUGAGUGAUCACCAGAUGAACAAAAUGUGGGACUAUGUUAGAGAGCUUUGGAAUAGGCAGCAGGGCAGGCAGAUGCCCGAACUAGUUUACGAGUUGCCUUUUCGCCUUCGCUGCCAAGUCAUGCAAGCGGUAUACGGCUCACACAUCAGAGAAUCGGUUAUAUUUAGUAGAACCGAUGCUGAUUUUAGAAGGAUGCUAGCUAUGUGGAUAAACCACUGCGUGUUCUUCCCCGGAAACUAUAUCGUGCAGUGCGGUGAUUCCGACCAAUGCAUUUACUUCAUUCAUAGAGGAGAGGUGGAGGUUUUGACUGUGCAUCCAAAUUUGACAGAAUCUAUUUAUGAUAUUUUAGGACCUGAAGAUUGCUUUGGUUUAGCGCAAGGUCUUUUUGUUGGCGUGUCACACCAUUUCUCAUUCCGCGCGAGAACCGUCGUCGAUAUUGUAUACCUCAAGUUGGAACAAUGGAAAUAUUUGUUGGACUUCUAUCCAAAAUCCGCCAAAAUGGUUCAAAAGAAAGUUCAAAAUGUAUAUUUAGCAAUAUGAGCUAAGAAUAUGUAGGACUUAGUAAUGUAGAAAUAUAGAUAUACGUAAAUUGCAAAA